CCUGAUGCCUCUACCCAGCAUGAUGAACUGAUCCAGCCUGACGAUCCUAUUAGGACAGUUGACUCGAUCCCGCUGUUGAUCCAGAUGAUCCGGUACCUGAUCCGGUGCCCGCUGUCGAGCCAAAUGACCUGAUGCCUGGUGACCCAGUGCCCGCUGUCAUACCUGCCAGACAAUCCGGUACCUGAUGACCCGGUGCUCACUGUCGUGCCUGUUGACUCGGAGCCCACGGUGUGUGCCUGGUGACUCGGUGCCCGCCGCCGCCCCGCCUGGGGGCCCGAGACCUGUCGUUCCGCCUGGGGGUCCGGCGCCCGCCACUCCGCCUGAGGGCCCGAGACCUGUCGCUCCAUCUGGGGGUCCGGCGCCCGCCGCUCCGCCUGAGGGCCCGAGACCUGUCGCUCCGCCUGGGGGUCCGGCGCCCGCCGCUCCGCCUGAGGGCCCGAGACCU